AUGCAUCUACAAUUACCUUCGUCGUUGAAAGGUAUGACGAAAUUGGAUCGUGAUCAAUUCACACAAGUAGUCACUGUUCCGUUUGUCAAUGUUCCCGUUGAAUGUAUCCAAACAGCAAAAUGGAAAAAUGCCUUAUUAACGUUGCAUUUGUUUAAAAAUGUUCGUGAUUUAGAUCCGACGUCGAAAACACAUAAACAAGUUCUGUUUGAUCCCGAUGUAAUCAAAAGCAAAGAGGAUGUGAUCAAUGCGGUACCAUCGAUUACAAAAUACGCCGAAGAAUCAUUUGAUUUUACUCCAAUAACAUUGACCUAUGCAAAUUAUUCGAUUGAACAAGUUAUUAAAGCAAUUCUGCCGGAUGAUUUAGGAAAAGACAAGCCGAUUAAUACAGGAUCGGGCUAUAGUCUUAUUGGACAUAUUGCACAUUUCAAUUUGAAAGAUGCUGUUCUACCCUAUAAACAUAUUAUCGCUCAAGUUGUUCUCGACAAAUUAUCCAAUGUGAAAACUGUCGUCAAUAAACUACAUGAAAUUGAUUCUGUUUAUCGUAAUUUUGAAUUAGAAAUAAUUGCCGGUGAACCGAAUACAAUUGUGAAAUGCCGCGAAAGCAAAGCAACAUUUCAAUUCGAUUUUGCCAAAGUUUAUUGGAAUCCCCGAUUAAGUACUGAACGUGAACGUAUUGUGAAUAUUCUUCACCGCGAUGAUUUUAUUUUCGAUGUAUUUGCCGGUGUCGGACCCUUUGUUGUGCCAGCUGCAAUGCUUGGUUGUACUGUUUACGGCAAUGAUAUUAAUCCGGAAUCUGUUAAAUGGAUGACUGUAAAUUUAAAAGCGAAUCAUUCGAAAAAAUCUCGAAAUGAAUAUCAUGUAUUCAAUUUAGACGGACGAGAAUUUUUACGGACCAUCGCAUUUCCACGUAUAGAAAGUUAUCAACAAGAAGUUAAAGGUGAUGAUGAAAAAAAAUGGUGUUUAUCAAGUAAUAAAAUAGUGAUCUUAAUGAAUCUACCAGAUAUUGCUUUGACAUUUUUGGAUGUUGUUUCCGAAUGGUUAUCAAGUAGUAUUGACGGCAGCGAACAGUGGAUAUUACCUGUUCAUAUUCAUUGUUACACAUUUUCAAAAGCUGAUAAUCGUGAAGAAGAUAUACGAACGCGGUUGAAAUCAAUCUUACCGAAUGUGAAUGAUAAUCAAAUCACAUGUCGAUUUGUUCGACAAGUUGCACCGAAUAAAGAUAUGAUGUGCGUUCGCAUUGUGUUAUUUGAUAACAAGAAAAACGAGGAAGAAAAUCCUACGAAAAGAUUUAAACAAGAUUCUUCAGAAUAA